CAUAUAUUGCUGUGAUGCUUUGCAGGCCGAGCAUCACCGUUGGAGCGGCGCAGGCAGGAUCAGCAGGCAGGAUCAGCGAGGGAAGGAUAGCGUCAGUAUUUCCAGAGCCGGACCAGGGCCAGGACAAGGAUGAGGAUCAAGAUCUGGAUGAGGACCAGGACCUGUACUGGGCUUUAAUGAAACUUGUGGUCAACUUUCCAGACAUGAGCCAAGUCUUCCUGGAGGACAUCCUCACUCAAUGUAAUGGUGACUACCAGCAGGCGCACACUUUACUCAUGCACACUCUCAUUUGAUUGGUGCAUUUCAAGGGGGCGUGGCCAAAUU